AUGUCUGGUAUCAUCGGUGCCGAAAAUCGAUUCGCCCGGGACUUCAACAAUCCGGAUCCUGAUAUGCAAGGCAAUAUCACCUCUCUGUACAACAUUGGAUGUGUCGUAGGCUCAAUUAUCUCCUACUUCAUCGGCGAAAGACUUGGUCGGCGGAGUAUGCUCAUGUCCGGAGCCACAAUAAUGAUCAUUGGUUCGAUUCUCUUGGGAGCGUCGGAGAACCUCGCCACUCUACUUGCUGGUCGCAUCAUCACCGGUAUUGGCAACGGCAUGAACUCAUCAACAGCACCCGUAUAUCUUAGCGAGUGCGCUCCAGCCAGCAUUCGUGGCGCUCUCCUGACACUUCAAGGGACGGUGACAAUCCUGGGGGUUGUCAUUGCAUACUGGACUGAUUAUGGUACCAGUUUCUACGAAUCUUCUUUCCAAUGGCGAUUCCCGCUAGCCUUCCAAGCGUUCUUCGCCGUCUUCAUUGUUCUCCAGAUCGUCGGACUUCCUGAGACACCUCGAUGGCUUGUUGCACGCGACCGAUAUGAGGAAGGCAGAGACGUUAUCGCUGCUAUUUUAGACAAACCUCGGGAUGACGAAGCCGUUGAAAGAGUCUUGCUGGAUAUCCAGUCCGGGCUUGAGGAGGAGAAACGCGACGGUCCGUUCCGUUUCAGAGAGCUCUUCUCAUGGGGUUCUCAACAAAACCUUCGCCGGCUGAUCCUUACCAUCUCCGUGCAACUUGGCCAACAAUUCAGUGGCUCCAACAUGAUCAACUACUACCUGCCAGCAUCUGGAGCAGUUGCCUUCAUCUUCCUAUUCCAGCUCUUCUACGGCGUUGGAUGGCUUCCUUAUUUGAAGCGGACUGACGAGAAUUUACAAGCAAACAUUGAGUGGAGAACGUUCAUCAUCUUCGCCGUUCUAAACAUUCUGUUCAUACCCAUGGUCUACUUCUUCUACCCAGAGACCAAAGGACUCGAGCUGGAAGAUAUCCCGCUCCUGUUCACGAAAGGUGGUGUCACGGGCGGAGUUUACUCGACUGGUGGAAGAACAGUCCAACCGGGCCAGCAUGCCUUGGAAGCUCGCGUAGAUUCGAAGCAAGGCAACAUUCAGUUGGAUCAGCUUGAGGAGGUGAGGGCAUAG